UCUUCCCGAUAGGCUUGCGGCAAGCACGGUGGAGAGUGGCUGUAAUGGCCGAGCCGCAUCCUCCUCCAAUGAGGGGGCUUCGAGAAGCGCUGGAGGCUCAUCUGCAGGGCCUCGGCAUCCAAGCACUCAGUGUGGAACAUCCGGCAGUAUUCACAGUUGAAGAAAUGAUGCCUUAUGUACAACAUUUAAAUGGAGCUCACAGCAAAAACCUUUUCCUUAAAGAUAAGAGGAAAAAAGGCUUUUGGCUGGUGACAGUUCUGCACGAUCGACAAAUCAAUUUAAAUGAUUUGGCUAAGAAACUGGGUGUUGGAAGUGGGAACCUGCGCUUUGCUGAUGAAGCAGCCCUGUUGGAUAAGCUGAAAGUUGGCCAAGGAUGUGCAACCCCCUUAGCUCUUUUCUGUGAUCAGGGAAAUGUGAACUUUGUUUUGGAUGCUGGCUUUCUGGAAGGAGGUCAUGAUAGGCUUUAUUUUCAUCCAAUGACCAAUGCAGCAACUAUGGGCCUGCACCCAGACGACUUCCUAAAAUUUCUGAAGUCCACAGGACAUGAACCAAUAAUUGUGCAUUUUGAUGAAAGCCACAAGUAGCUUUGUAACCCAAUAGAGUAACUGGGUUGGAACUUGGAACUUCUUUAACACACAUAAUGAAACUCUGCAUUCGGAAAGGUUUCUAGGGUAGAAGUCAUCAUUGGAAAAUCAUGGGAGUAAAUCUCCACUCUUUUUAGUACAUUUAGUGCUGAUAUUUAUGACUCAUUCAUUCAUGAUUUAUAAGAUUAGUAAAACGCGCUAUUUGUGCACUA